GGCACAUCCCUUGUCUCCCCCCUAACCAACCAACCAACCAACUCACCACAGCCUCAGGCGCUGCCUGGUGUGCGAUUCCUCCCGACAAUGCCCGACAGCGUACCAGGCAACGCGCUGACGUCGCUCCCAGAAGACAAGGUGGUGGUGCCGGUUGACAGAUGCGACACAGAGAGCACGGGGGACGGUCACACAAACGGCUCUUCACAAAGUGGAGGGACCAGCAGCCCAGAUCUCAUCGAUGAUGAAGGUACGCAAUACACGACCGUCUCAUUGACUGAUCCACCGAGAGCACCCCAGUCACACGAGGAGCAACGAGUCAAAGGACACUCUUAAGCUGAUUUUUCCCUCCCGACCACGGUGGGAUGCCCUGCAGAUGACGGAUGGGUUGUGGUUUCUGAGACAUUUGAUGACCCCUAUGAUGCCGACGGCUCUCCACGGAUGAGCACAUUCAUCAACGCGAGGGUACGUCUAUAUGUACAACACAACACACGUGAUGACGCCGUUGACAAACACACAGCAGUCUCAUUCUGUCCGUUGGCCUCUUGUCUGUCAGGGUCUCCGCAUUCAGACGUACGCGUGGGAGGUCUGCCAUCCCCGUGGGGUCAUCUGUGCCGUCCACGGCUACUCGUCUCACGCACGUCUCGACUGGCUCGUGCCGCCGGCGUGUGACUACGAAGGCAGCUGGGUCCAAAGGUCAGUGGGUGCGCUCCAGCCACGCGUGCUCAUGACUGCUCGUUUGUCGGGUUGGUGUGCGUGUCGGCAGGCUAAACCAGCGCGGCUACUCCUUCGUGGCGCUUGACAUCCAGGGCUUCGGGCGGUCUCAGGGAUGGCGUGGUCUGCGUGGAUGCUAUCAGCGUUUUGAUCACGUGGUUGACGACGUCCUCCACGUGAUCCGCAGCAUCAAGAAGCAGCACGCCUCCCAGCUCCCCACAUUCGUCAUGGGCUGCUCUCUUGGCGGCAACCUGGCCCUGAGGGCGGCCCACCAAGCGCAGAAGGAGGAGAUGGACAUUGCCGGCGUCAUUUUGCUCGCCCCAAUGCUGUCGGUCGACAACCUGAAGAAGACGGCGGUGAGGAGGGCGAUGCUGCUGGUCGCGCCGCUUCUCAGCGCCCUGUUCCCUACUGCCGCAUGCCUCGCUAUACCUGUGAGCUGCGUGCACGUGUGGACGGAUCGCAACGAAACGUGUGACGUCUGUCGUGUGUCUGUGCCUCUCUGUUUGUGUUCGCAGCGUGGAAAGGAUCCGAGAAUCGACGAGGUGUUUGACAACGAUCCCUACACCUACAAGAAGCCGCUUCGACUCCGUGUGGCGAAAGAGCAGAUGAACGCAUGCGACAAGUGAGGGAGGGAGGACGAAGGGAGAGAGAAGCAGCCGCGACGCUCAACUCUUCUCACCGACCUGUCUUGUCUGUCUGUCUUUUGGCAAUCAGGGCUCAGGCCAUUGCUCCAUCUGUCCGUUUGCCCAUGUUGUUGUUCCACAGCCGAAAUGACACCUUCAUCGAGGCUGCGGGCUCGCAGCGGCUGUGGGAGGCCUCGCCUUCAGAGGUCAGUGAGAGCCAGCGCACUUGACGUGAUGAAUGCAUUCAUGUCGGUGUUGUUCUGUUCUGUUGUGACGUCAGGACAAGACACUGCUGUGGUGCGAUCACAUGUGGCAUCAUCUGAUGACUGAUGCGGGCAAUCUGGAGCUGCUGGCAACGAUAGCCAAGUGGCUGGACCACCGCUCGGAGCCCACUACUGACGCAUCCAAAUGGCACAGCAUGAGCACACAGGACACCCCUGAGGACCCCUGUUGCCCAGCGGCCGUCGUGAGCGAGGAUAACACGCCCAACGCCCCCCUGCCGGCACAUGGAGACGCCUCCCGCUACGUCCUGCCCCCCUCGCUCCCCUGCUCGCCGUCCGCCGUCACCAUCAGAUAGACAGGCAGAGAGGGAGACAGGCCGAUGUGUGUAUGGG